AUGACGGGCAAGCAGGGGAAAUGCUCCUGCGUGACUAGGGCUGGGGACCGGCGCUACGGACGCGGGGCGCUGAGUCCCGGCGGGGAGGAGCAGCGGAGGGCGGCCCGGGAGAGGCGUUACGCAACUGCCCCGCACCGACCGCCGGACGGCGCGGCCCGGGACGGGGCACCGGGCGGGCACCGUGCCGCCGAGGGCCCGAGGUACCGCGCGCAAGGCCGCGAGCGCGCGUGGUGGACGGCGCGGCGCACGGAGGCCCAGGCUGGGCGGGGUCGGCGCCGGGGGGACCGGGGUCUGGGCCUCCGGACGCCGCCGCGCGAGCACAACAAAGCCGCCCCGCCGCCGCCACCCGCUGCCCCGCACCCGCCCGGGACCCACCCGACGGGCGGUCCGUGCUCCGCAGGGGAGAUCGCCCGUGGGACCGGGCGGAGCCCUGUCCCGACAAACUUCCCGGCCGCGGCCCCUCACCUCCGGGAGCGCUCUACACUCUCGGCGGCGUCCCGGCCCGCGGCUCCGGGACCUCGCGCGCCGGGAGACCCGGCGCCGGUAGCGGCAGCGGCUGCAGACCCCGGAGGGUCGGGGGAGCCCGGGGAAGCGGCGGCGGCGCUGGCGGCGGCGGCUCCAUCUUCCCGGGGCGCUCACGCCGCGGUUCCGAAGCGCAGACCGGAGCGGGACAUUCGCUACAUUGUUGGCAUUCCACGGGCGUCACGUGACCCCUCCUCCCGCGUCACUCUCGGCCGCAUACCAGCCCGGGCGGGGCGCCCGCGGCCUUGCUCCCCGCCGCCCGCUCCGCCCCACCGGCCGCUUCCUGCGCCGCCUGGCCGGGCCGCCACCUGCCCUGCGCUGGGCUCGCGUCGGAAGUCGGCGGCCCGGGAGCGCCGGUUUUCCUACGCUCCGGUUUUCCUACGCGCCUCGUACCAGUCGAUGAGAAAAAAAAAAGUUGCGAACCUCUGCCCCAGAGCGGUGACAGCAGGCAUGGAAAAACUACGAAUGGGAUGGAGAGUCAUUGAGGAGGCAAGAUCAACACAGUGUGGCAGGGGAGACAGAGCAGGAGGGAGAUCAAUGACCCUUGCUUCUCUACCCAUAUCUACAUUACCAUAUAGCCCAGGAGGAAGCUGAAGAAGGUAGAUCUCUGAGUUUGAGGCCAGUCUGGUCUACAGGG